GCGGCGCCCCGCCCCCCCCUUGGCCGAGCCGAGCCGCGGCGGCCGCUGCGGGCUGAGAGAAAAUGGCGGCGCCGGGCGAGUGCUUCAGCGUGGGCAGCCAGGUGUCGUGCCGCACCUGCCAGGAGCAGCGCCUGCAGGGCGAGGUCGUCGCCUUCGAUUACCCCAGCAAGAUGCUGGCGCUCAAAUGCCCUUCUUCCAGUGGGAAGCCCAACCACGCAGACAUCCUGCUUGUAAACCUACAGUAUGUUUCAGAAGUGGAAAUAAUUAACGACCGCACGGAAACCCCUCCUCCUUUAGCUUCACUCAAUGUUAGCAAGCUCGCCAACAAAGCACGGAUGGAGAAGGAGGAGAAGCUGAGCCAGGCGUACGCCAUCAGUGCGGGGGUCUCCCUGGAGGGACAGCAGCUCUUCCAGACCAUCCACAAGACCAUUAAGGACUGUAAAUGGCAGGAGAAGAACAUAGUUGUGAUGGAAGAAGUCGUCAUCGCCCCCCCGUACCAGGUGGAAAACUGUAAAGGCAAAGAGGGCAGCGCGCUGGGGCACGUACGCAAAAUAGUCGAGAAACACUUUAGAGAUGUGGAAAGCCAAAAGGUAAUGCAGCGUUCACAAGCACAGCAAACACAGAAGGAGAGCGCCCUGUCGUCCUGAGGCCUGCCGGCACCGAUGUCCUGCCUGCGGAACGGGGCAGCUCGCCGAUUCCAAACCUUAGACUUUAAACAAACGAAAACAAAACAAAAACCAACACACACACACACACAAAAAAAAGAAAAAAAAAAAAAAAAAGAAAAAAAAAAAAAAAAGAGAAUAAUUUAAAAGCUCAUGCAUUACUUGACUAACAGACUUUCUUUUGUCCGCCAUGGUUUCUUUCCCAUCGGCUGCUCGCGCUCGGUUACUUUUAUUUUUGGAUCCCCUCUCCCCAUCACCCCCUUUAUUUUUCCAAAGGGGGUCCUUCGCCCCCCCCCAAAGGGAGCAGCUCCCGUUUCCUCCCCCCAGAACGCCUCCAAAAAUAAAACUAAGCAGCAGCAGCCCCGAGCCGGGACCUGCGACCCGCAGGCUCCUCUUUUAAUUUUGUUUGCACAGGGCAAGGCUUGAAUUAGUCCUAUUUUUCUUAUCUUUAAAGAUAUAUAUGAAUAUAUAUUAAAAUGUUCUUUAAAUA